AUGAGUAAUCCCUUAAACGACGGCGAAGACUUCUGGAUAUUUGGAUAUGGCGAGGACCAUCGUGGGACACCCGAAGCUCCUGGUCGCGUUGUCACUCUGAUAGCACACGAGACGGACGAGCCCGUAUGGGGUGCAGCAUAUCUCAUCGCACCCGCGGAGGUAGAAAGAAUAAAAGCCUACCUUGACCUCCGUGAAAUCAACGGUUACACAAUCCACCGACAUCCAGUAUACCAUAAUCUCCCGCGCGAGGAGUCCGAAGAUGUACCAAACCCCAUAUCAGCAAUCGUAUACAUUGGUACACCCGACAAUCCACAAUUCGUCGGACCUCCCGAGUCCAUUCACGCACUGGCGCAACACAUCCUGAAUUCUCGAGGACCUUCUGGUGAGAAUAAGGAGUACCUAUACAAUUUGUAUACCGCAUUAGAACAACUAGCUCCCGAGGCCCACGACUCUCAUAUCACGGAGCUUGCGAAUACGGCUGCUGAGAUUGAAGGGAGACUUCUAAAGGACCCCAACUGA